AUGCUAUCUUCUCUUUCACUUUCACAUCUUUAAAUCCGGCUUCUACGCUCGCGUCUCAGUUUCAGUUUUGGAUCUCUCUCUUCCCUCACACCAAUCUUCAGGAUUUGAAAAAUGGCAGAUUCCAAAGCUGGAUUGAGGAAGCCAGUGUUUACCAAGGUUGAUCAGCUUCGCCCGGGGACCAGCGGGCACACUUUAACUGUGAAGGUGGUCAAUGCUAAGAUGGUGAUGCAGAAAGGUCGUUCUGAUGGUCCUCAAUCCCGUCAGAUGCGAAUUGCUGAAUGUUUGGUUGGCGAUGAGACUGGAAUGAUCAUAUUCACUGCCAGAAAUGAUCAAGUGGAUAUGAUGAAAGAGGCUGCUACUGUGAUCCUGCGCAAUGCCAAAAUUGACAUGUUCAAAGGAUCAAUGAGGUUUGCUGUGGACAAGUGGGGCCGUGUGGAAGUCACAGAACCUGCUAGUUUUACUGUGAAGGAAGAUAAUAACUUGUCUCUCAUUGAGUAUGAACUGGUGAAUGUUGUUGUGGAAUGACUUAUUGGGACCUCUUGGAAUUUCUAAUGAGAAAAAAACUCAUCAUGCUCAUCACAGUUCACCUGAGUUUAGGAAUAGAGAUUUGAGAAGCCAGUAGUACCAACAGUUGCUUCUUACUGUUGCAACAGACUAUGUGGAUCUUGUAGCUUAACCACUGAACAGAUGGUGGAUUGAAGUGCAAGAAAAUGGGAAUUGGCUUCCAGAUCAUGCUUUUUGUUAUGCUCUCUGUUGACAUUUUAGAUUAUGUGUUUCUUCAUCUACUACGGAUUGCAUGUAUCAGAAUAUUAAUAUAUGGCAGAUGGUUGUUUAUAUUUGAGAAAAUCCUUUGUUUAAUCUCAAUAUAAUCUUUAUCAUGUUCUACCA